AAUUCAAUUUGAAAUGGGAUUACAGAGUAAACCUGUCGACUGAUAGGGUUCGUUCUACCCUGUAAAGCUACAGUAACACAUGCAUGGAGCUUUGUUGGCUACAACCAAAAGUUGUUAUAGCUUUAAAGAAUCACAUUCAUUUAGGCAAAAAAUUUAUACCUAAUUUUAACAAUACAUAAAGCAUCCUCGACCUUCAGCUUGUGUGAUGGAGAAAAGAGAAGACUACAAUGGGCAACCUGAGCUUUCUAAUGUCUGUCUGAUAAAGUCUAACAAUUUCCCCAUCAAAUUGUACCACACAGCAUAAUGCGAGUAGGUUCACCAUCAAUUAACGUGCUUGUAAACUGGAUCCUCUUAGGUUAAUUAGGAACAUAAUUAGCAGUUUGAAUCGCUAAUUUGGUGUGGGAUUAGAGAUGUUUACUGGAUAAUGUGAUUCACUAAACAAUGUUUCAUCAUCCUAUUCUGCAAAAAUAUAUAUGGCUAGCUUUUCUCACUUUGCGAUAUUUUCAAAGACAGCACCUUGAGGAACUCAUGCAAGCUUUUCUUUUUUAAUAUUUAUGCUCCUUUUUUUUUCUGCCCUUAAUUGGAAACUUGAAUCGAUCUAAAUUAAAGUUAUAACCCCAUUUGUUUCAUAUAAAAUUAAUUUAUUUUUAAUAAUCAAAGAAUCAUUUAUGAUCUUGAUCAGUUUUUAUAGACACGCAUUCUGUAGAAACAAACCUCAGCUUUAUGUAUAUUAAUAUAAAAGAAUCAGUUAUCAUUUUAAUUAUUACUUUUUUUAAUCAGUUUUUAUAGAUGGAAUUCGCCCAAGACAAAUCUUUUACUGUCUUGCUAGGUUGUAUGGCAGCCUAUUUAAUUUUCAUUUAAUUACUAUCGACAGGUUGUUUUUCUUCUAUUCUCAUCCUUUCAAUCUCUCUCUCUCCCUCCCUAUAUAUAUAUAAUUGAUGCUUCAAUACCAUUAAAAUAAAAAGAAAGUGAUAAUAACUAUUGAUCAAUUCCCUCUUGAGCCAUGGCUAGCAAGAACAUGGCUUUCUUUCAAGUUCUUAUAAGCUCAAUUUUUCUUCUUGUUUUCCCUCGGUGUUCAUGUGAGGCAUAUGAUGAUGUAGCCAAACUCAAGCAAUGCAGGUUCAAUGCAAUAUAUAAUUUUGGGGCUUCGUUAUCAGACACAGGCAAUCAAAUUAUAGAGAUUCCUCAGGUUUGGUCUACCAAACUUCCCUAUGGCCAAGCUAUUCAUAAAGUAACUGGCAGAUCCUCUGAUGGGUUGCUGAUAAUUGAUUACAUUGCAAAAUCAGCAGGUCUUCCCUUCCUGGAACCCUAUUUGAAAUAUCAAAAUGCAACAAGUUUCUUAUCUCAUGGAGUGAACUUCGCUGUUGGUGGCUCUACCGUCUUGUCAACGAAAUUUCUUGCAGAAAAGAAUAUCUCUAACGAUCAUGUUAAAAGCCCUCUUCAUGUACAACUUGAAUGGCUGGACAAAUAUUUACAAGGAUAUUGUCACGAUGCCAAAGAUUGUCAGGAGAAGCUUGCAUCAUCUCUGUUCACAACUUUUGCUGGAGGCAAUGACUAUGGCACUGCAUUCUCCCAAAAUAAAACUCUUGAAGAGGUGAAGAAUAGCCUGGUGCCCGCAUGUGUGGAAACCUUGAAACAUGUCGUCAAGAAAUUCAUCCAUCAUGGUGCUCGUAGAGUCCUUGUCCAUGGACUUCCCCCGUCUGGUUGUGCACCACUAUUUCUUACAAAAUUCUCUUCAAACAACUCAGCUGCUUAUGAUGGAUUUGGUUGUCUAAAGAGCUACAAUGACCUGUACAAUUAUCACAACGAUCGUCUCAAAGAAGCCAUUGAAGAAUUGAAGAAGGAAUACCCUCAUGUAGAUAUAGUGUACGGUGAUCUUUACAAAGCAAUGCAAUGGAUUAUGGACAAUUCUCGACAACUUGGGUUCAAGUCAGUAACAAAAGCAUGUUGUGGGCCUAAAAGUGAGUACAAUUUCAUCGAUAACUUUCAUAAAAUGUGUGGAGCUCCAAACAUACCAGUUUGCCAAAAACCUAAGCAGUAUGUCUACUGGGACUCCGGUCAUUGGACUCAAAAUGCAAAUAAGCAUCUGGCAAAGUGGCUGAUUAGAGACAUCUUCCCAAAGUUUCACUGCAAAAAAGUUUGACAAGCUUCAAUUUUGUUAAGCAAAUAACAAUUGUUGUAAACUUUUAUUUGUUAUGUUAUCUUCGUGAUUCUUAAUCAUGAUCAAUAGUGCUUUUGAAAACUAUGAAAUAAAUAUCAUAGGAUUUUAUUAAUUUGUCCAUGUUUUGCCUUUGCACAAAUAUGAAAUGAAGAUUAUAAAUA